AUGCUCCAACCUUAUUUAUCAAUCCGUGAACUAAUUGGACCCCACAUUUGUUUUUAUGGGCUUGGACAACGUGGCACUAUCCCAGCCCUUAUGCUUCCUUGUGGCAUGGCAGCUAUGCACCGAAAGGGUACUACAGCUGAGCGAUUCGAUUCUCUCCAAGAUGAACCUAGCCCGAAUUUACUAACAUUGUUCCUUUCUCCUGGGGCGAGAUGGCCCAAGUGGUUAGAGCCCGAAUUUACUGACCGGAAGGUCCGUGGUUCGAAUCCGACCUCCGCCACUCGACUUUUCUUUACAAUAAAGCUUUCAAAUAAGUCGUGGUUGUACGGCAGUGAAGCAUCGGUGUUGAACACUGAUGUCAUGCUGUCGAUGAUGAUGAUGAUGGCUUGA